AUGCCACACCAUGCCCACCAGACGAAGAUCUACCCCAAGAGCAAGACACUCUUCUAUGCCAACGCACUGGGCCCCAUCUCCUCUAUAGUCCUCUCCACUAUCAUCGUGGGCGCCUCCGGCAUGUACAACAAGGGCGUAGCCACGGUGGGCAGCAUAAAGACGGGCAUGGGCGGCAUGUCAUCGGUGUGGGACAUUGAUCUGCACAACGAGUAUACUGACGAGGUCGCACUGAUUGCUCUCUACGCUGCCCUUGUCUCCCUUGCUGAAUCGAUUGGCAUAGGACGCACAUUUGCGGGCAUGUAUGGUUACCACAUCGAUGGUAACAAAGAGGUCCUUUGUUCCAUCCACGCAUCCGUUCCUUCCUUCACAUCUUGUCCUCUCCGCUCCUCACCUCCUCCCCCCUGCUCACGCCCUCCCCCCACUCACCCCCCACCCCUCCCCCCCUCACCACCUCGCCUGCAGCUCAUAGCCUACGGAGCCAUGAACCUCUCAGGCUCCUUCACGUCCUGCUACGUUGCCACAGGCUCCUUCUCUCGCACGGCAGUGAACAUCUUGGCAGGGGCGCACACAGCGGUCCGCAGCUCGUCUUCAUCCCCCCCCCCAACCCCCCUUCCUUCUUCAUCCCCCCCCCCAACCCCCCUUCCUUCUUCAUCCCCCCCCCCCCAACCCCCCUUCCUUCUUCAUCCCCCCCCCCCAACCCCCCUUCCUUCUUCAUCCCCCCCCCCAACCCCCCUUCCUUCUUCAUCCCCCCCCCCAACCCCCCUUCCUUCUUCAUCCCCCCCCCCCAACCCCCCUUCCUUCUUCAUCCCCCCCCCCAACCCCCCUUCCUUCUUCAUCCCCCCCCCCAACCCCCCUUCCUUCUUCAUCCCCCCCCCCAACCCCCCUUCCUUCUUCUCCCUCCCACCAGGCUCCUUCUCUCGCACAGCAGUGAACAUCCUAGCAGGGGCACACACAGCACUAACACAAAUCAUCCUCGCCCUGACCAUGCUCGUUGUGCUCCUUGCUGCUGCCCCCGCCUUCAAAUACGUGCCUGCUGUAAGCCCUCUUGAGUCGAUUCAAAUACGUGCCUGCUGUAAGCCCUCUCACUCACCCCCUCCCCAAACGUGCCCGCUGUAUGCCCACUGCCCUCUCAACCCCUCCCAAUACUUGCUCAUUGCCCUCUCACCAAGACCUCCCCGCCCCGCUGUAUGCCACUGCCCUCUCAACCCCUCCCAAUACUUGCUCGUUUGUGUGGUGGGAGCAAUUAUCGCCAACUCGGUGCUCAACCUGGUACCCCCUCCUCCCUAUCGCCUUCCCCCCUGUUUCACUCCUCCCUAUCGCCUUCCUCCCUGUUUCACUCCUCCCUAUCGCCUUCCUCCCUGUUUCACUCCUCCCUAUCGCCCUCCUCCCUAUUUCACUCCUCCCUAUCGCCCUCCUCCCUAUUUCACUCCUCCCUAUCGCCCUCCACCGUAUUUCACUCCUCUCAACUCUCUCCUUGCUCCUCACCAUCGCCCCUCCUUCCAAAUUCUCCAUCUCCCUACUCCAUCUACUUGUCCCUCUCACCUCUUUCCCUUGAUUUGCUGCUCCUCCCCUAUCUGGAGGUUGGACAAGCUGGACUGCAUGGUCAUGAUCGGAUGCUCCCCCACAGCUCUUCCCCUUAUUCCCGUGUCCCUUUAUUUCCUUAUUCACUUGUUCUCUCCCUCUUCGCAGUUUGACUUCAAGGCGGCAUUACAGAUCUGGAGGCUCGACUUCAAAGCCGCGUUUCAGAUCUGGAGGGUAGGCAAGCUGGACUUCAUAGGCAUGCUCGGCUGCUUCCGUCCUCUCCCUCCUCUUAGCCCCUCCUUCCCUCCUUCCCUUCCUCCCGUUUCCCCUCCCAACUGUCCCCUUCCUCCCUCCCCCUCGCAGCUCGACUUCAAAGCGGCGUUUCAGAUCUGGCGGGUCGACAAACUAGACUUCAUAGUCAUGCUGGGCUGCUUCCUCGGGAUCAUCUUUGGCUCGCCCGAGAUCGGUCUGCUCGUCGCCUCUGUGCUCUCCGUCCUCAAGCUCCUCCUCCGCAUCGUCCGCCCGCACAUCCGCCUGCUGGGCCUGCUCCCGGGCGGCGCCGCUACAGCCGUGAGCGUGCUACAGUUCCCCAACAGCACGCUGUGCGAGGGGAUCGUGAUGCUGAGGAUUGAGAGCCCGCUGUACUUCCCGGCUGCGAAUUUCUGCCGGCAGCGCAUCAAGAAGCUGCAGCGCAUCAAGAAGCUGUGUGAUGCGUAUGCGAGAGGGUACCAGCAACCUGCACGGGUGAACUUGCCCGUCACGCAUGACAUUGACGUGUUGCCCAAUGCACUGCCCCUCUCUUUCCCACCAAUACUUCCACUCCCUCUCCUCCCUCUCAUCCCCUCACUCCCUCCCCCAAGUUUCUCCUCCCACCUUCAACAUUGCAUUCCCAGGAGUGUCAUGCACGAUAUUGACGUGUUGCUUGCCGCAUAUCCUAUCCUUCCUUUCCUCCUCGCCUCCCAACAGCACUGCAUUCUCGAUCUGAGCGUCAUGCACGACAUCGACGUGUCGGGCAUCGACGGGUUGAAGGAGCUCCACCGAGACCUGUCUGAGAAGAGCAUUCAGCUCUGCCUAUCCAGUGCAUCAAGGGAUGUGCUGCGCAAGCUGUGGGAUGCCAACUUUCUGGCAGAGAUGGGCGAGCAGUGGCUCUUCGUCACUCCCGCCGACGCCGUCAAGCUGUGUCGCUCCAUGGCCGUGGCUGCACCGGCUGUGAAGGAGCAGGACGAGCUGUUGGCAUCAGUUCAGGUGUAUGACAUCUAA